AUGGUAGCGAAACAAACAACUUAUAGAGGAACCAGUGGAACUCCUCAAAUUUAUCGCUACAAUAAAUGGGGCUAUAUUUGUGACAUUGGAUUUGAUAAGGAUGAUGCCAAAGUAGCCUGUCGAGAACUUGGUUUGCCAACGAAAUAUGUGCGAGUAGCCUCUGGUAUAUUUCGAAGAAGUACCAGAAUACACCUGAUCAAUGUCAUUUGCAACGGUGAUGAGGAAACUCUGUCAGACUGCUAUGAGAAAUAUACUUAUCAUUACUUCUGUCAUGGCUACAUCGUGGUGUGGAUCUCAUGUGAUAGUGGAAAGCAGUUCUGUUUUUAUUUUGACUACUUCCUUUAUGGACGAGGAUCAAUAAGGAUCUCCACAAUAGACAUUUCGCACUUGGAAUCUACGGUAGCAGAUCUGUCUGGGUCACAGCAGAAGUGGACAACCAAAGACACGCAAAUAAAUGGAAAAAAACUUAUACAUAAGAUAAAGAUCAGAAUGGAGGAGAGGACUGCUAUUGACAGAAUUAUCGUAGCAGGGUCCAGAUGUGUUUGUUCAAACUGGACAUUUGGUCAAAACUGUGACAAAUGCGCCUGUGUCCGAAUGCACACACAAUCCUGUGACAAAACCACCGGUGCGUGUCUAUGUAAAAAAGGAUUUACUGGAGAUGCCUGUCAGUGUGAGGCUAAUGGAAAACCCUGUCUCCGUGGUGUAAGAUUGGUGAAUGGAAACACAACAAACAUGGGCAGAGUAGAAGUGGUCACCGAAGGCAUAUGGUCCACAGUCUGUGACGGAAACUGGGAUGAUAAUGACGCAACAGUUGUUUGCAAACAACUAGGGCUUGGAAAUUCUGGUAUCGCAAUGAAGAAUGCUGCUUUUGGAAAAGGAGUUGGUCCUAUUCAUGUAGACAAAUUUGCCUGUAAAGGAGAUGAGAAUGAUUUGUUAAAAUGUUCAUUCACUAGAUCUUCAUGUGACCACUCUGAUGAUGCAGGAGUAGUAUGUGUCAAUCAAUCGAAUAUAAUUCGACUGAGAGAUGGUACAGACCGGACAAAUGGUCGUCUAGAGAUCAAACUUGACGAAAGUGGAUCCUGGGGCAGAGUUUGUAGCCAACGUUUUGGAGAAUCGGAUGCCAGAGUAGCAUGUCGACAGUUAGGUCUACCCACGAGAUCUGUUGAAGCAAAAACUUAUGCACCAGGAUCAGGAACGAUUCUUUUAACCAGACUGGGAUGCAAUGGGGAUGAAGAUGCUAUUCAGUUGUGCUAUGGGAUCAGAAAUCCCAGUAGUUGUCGUUAUUAUGAUGACGCCGGUAUUUCUUGCUCAAAUGAUUGUCCGUCAUUCACAUAUGGAAAAGAAUGUGAAGAUGACUGUAAUUGCGACCGUAGUAAUUCCUUGUCAUGUGACAAAGACACUGGGGAGUGCAUGUGCAAGAGUGGAUGGUCAGGUACCCGUUGCACGUGUGAACGACGAAUAAAAUGUGACGAAAAUUCGUACUGUGACGGGUUCAAAUGCCUCUGUAAUGAUGGCUUUUUCAGGAAACCAACCAACUGCUCAGAUGUCACAGACGUAUUGUAUUCCUGUUCGUUUGAAACAGAUUUUGAAACAUGUUCGAUUAAGAACUAUGGAUUAAUGCAAUGGACGAAACACUAUAAUGGGACACCUAGUUAUAACACAGGUCCUUACAGGGCAAAAGAGGGGAUAUACUACGUGUAUACAGAAGCAUCCUCGCAAUCCACUGGCAAUAAAGGAGUAAUGAAAAUACCAGUUUCCAAUUUAAAUUUCAGUAUGUCGCUUUGGCUUUUCGAGUAA